AAAAUGGCGUCUAUGAGAAUCAAGAGACCUGUGUAAAAGUUGUGUAAUCCGUGUUCUUUUGGAGUAUGAUUAUUAAUAUUUUAUGACAGGAAUGGAUUGCAACACAUCUUCUUUAUCUGUACUUGAGCCUGAACUUUACUUUCUCAUCGCGCGAUUUCUUAAUAAUGGGCCAUGUAAAAGGGCCGCUAAGGCUCUACUCGAAGAACUGGAAGAGUUCCAGCUUUUGCCUCAAAGAGUGGACUGGGAAGGUAACACACACUUCAGGAGUUAUGAACAUUUGGUAUACCUAAACAGACAUAUAAAAGGAGACCAUUUACUUCGUAUUGUUGAGCGGUUAGGUACUUUGCUUGAUAAAGAAAUAAAACCAAGUGUUCCAGGAGUUAAGUCCCUUUUAGGAGCUGGAAGUUUAUCUUUGCUUAGAACAGCUGAAGGUAUUCGUCAAACAAAAUGGAGUUCUUCUCACCAUAUUGUUCGCCAGCAUGGAAUGCCAAUAUAUCCACCUGCCAAUCUUGCCAUUCCUGCAGUCCCUCAUGUUGCCAAAGCUUAUCAGAUGUCAGGGGUAGUUCGACAUCACAGUAUUGCACCAACAAGCCUUUUUAAUAAAAUAAGCAUGCAUGGUAGAAAGUUGGGACACCUAUCUGCUGUGUACUGUGUGCUCUUUGAUAGGACCGGAAAUUACAUUUUUACAGGGGCUGAUGAUGCACUUGUAAAAAUAUGGAGUGUUUAUGAUAUGCGCUUACUUGCAACAUUGCGUGGCCACUCUGCGGAAAUCACAGAUAUGGCAGUUUCAUAUGAAAAUACAUACCUAGCUAGUGGCAGCUGUGAUAAAGUGGUUAGAAUAUGGUGUUUGCGCUCAAAGGCUCCAGCAGCUGUUUUACAAGCUCAUUCGAGUAUGAUCACAUCUGUUCAGUUUUGUCCGAAGGCUCAAGGAGACAACCGCUACAUAGUGUCUACUGGCAAUGAUGGAUGUGUUUGUUUCUGGCAUUAUAACAUUCAUACAAAUGUGUUUAGUCUGAAACCUAUAAAAUUUAUUGAAAAAUCCCGCGCCGGAGCUCAAAUGCUGUGUUCUUCAUUUUCCCCUGGUGGUGCUUUUCUUGCCACUGGAAAUUCUGAUCAUGUUGUUCGGGUCUAUUUUCUUCAUGCAGUGGGCAUAGAAAAAAUUUGUGAACUUGAAGCUCAUACUGACAAAGUAGACAGUAUAUGUUACAGUAAUAAUCUAAAUCGAUUUGUGAGUGGUAGCAAUGAUGGUACAGCAAGGAUUUGGCGCUUUGAAAAACAAGAAUGGAGAGCUACUGUUCUUAAUAUGAAUGCAAAAAUCAAUAGUCCUAGCCAAUGUCAAGAGACAAAUAGAAAUGAUGCUAAAGAUCAAUUGAGAGUUACCAUGGUGAGCUGGAGUAUGGACGACCAAAUGGUGUUGACAGCAGUGUCUGACUUUACCAUUAAGAUUUGGAAUGCAUAUACUGGGACUCUAUUAAAAGUUUUAGAGGGUCAUGAGGAUGAAGUUUUUGUUCUAGAAGCAUGCCCAACAGAUGCCAGAAUUUUGCUAAGUGCUGGACAUGAUGGAAGGAUGAUUAUAUGGGAUUUAUACUCAGGGGCGAAAAUUAAAAAAUUCUUCAACCUGAUUGAAGGUCAGGGUCAUGGAGCUGUGUUUGAUUGUAAAUUCUCACCUGAUGGUCAUUCUCUAGCUGCUACAGACUCUCAUGGGCAUUUACUUCUCUUGGGUUUCGGCACAAAUGAGAGAUGCAAAAAGAUUCCACAGCAGAUGUUUUUUCAUACAGACUACAGACCUCUAAUGCGAGAUGCAAAUAACUUUGUGCUUGAUGAGCAAACACAGCAGCCUCCACACCUGAUGCCUCCACCCUUCCUUGUUGAUAUUGAUGGAAACCCUUACCCUGCUGCACUGCAGAGAUUAGUUCCUGGCAGAGAACACUGCAAAGAAUCAAAUCUAGUUCCACAGAUGGUUGUUAAUGCACAUGGUGAAUCUGAAGUAAUAGGUGACUUAGACAAUGAUGUAAGACAAGAUGGUGCUGCCAAUCAAGUUGAUGAUUCUGAGACUGAAGAAGAAGCAGAUUCUGUAGAUGUUCGUCCAGGUGCUGUUCGCAGAGGUGGCGCACGGCCUAGCAUAGAUGUUAUGAUACAAGAGCUUCAACGACAGCAAGAUCAAAGAUUGCACAGAGAAUCUGGCAGUAGCAACAGCAAUGUCAUGUCUCCACCAUACUUGCCAUACUCACCUCCAACACCUCGAUCACAUAUGCAAAAUCGAAUAGGCAUGCGCCGUAGUGGAGAAAUAGAAGGUGUGCGGCAGUCGCUAGGGAAUGUCUCUGUCAGGUCCACAAAGAAAGAGAGAGAUGCUGCACGAAGGCAUGUAACUGUACGACCAUUAGACCCUGAAAUGCUGAGAGCAUCUGAAGAAAAGAGAUCAGCUUAUACAGAAGAGGAAAUAAGAAAAUUUGUUACAGAAAGGAAAAAGAAACUGCUUUCUCCCCAUGAUUUGUCAUCAGCUAGUGUUUUAGUAAACAAAAAACGAGGCCAAAAACCAAAGAAACAAACAAGUGGUGAUGGUCAAAGAAUGGAAGACAUCCCUGAAAAUAUGGAAACAGCCAGAAACAGACUGACAACAAGAGCAUUGUAUGACACAGAGGAAGAGGAAGAUGAAGAAGGUGGAUCAGAUGUAGAUCUGUGGGACAGCGAUAACAGCAGCAGUGAUUACUCAGACUGGGUUGGAGAUCAAGGCAGCAGCAACUUAGAACCACCAAAACGAAGGUCACAGCGAAAACCAAAGAGGCGCAGAUUGUCUUCAACAGACGAAGAUGAUUUAAUAGAUGUUGUCGAGGCAGAUGAAGAGGAGAUGGAUACAGAAGACACUACAACAUCUGAUGAUAGCAGUAGUGAAGAAGAGAAAGAGAACAUUGAGGGGCCUUCAACUUCUACAAAACGAGAAUCAAAACGACGAAAAGCAAGCCAGAAGACAUUUAGGAAAAAAAGAAAAAAAGCAGAAAGGAGGAGGAAACCUCGGCUUGUACCACCUGAUCCCAAUCUCAAACCAGUUACAGAACUAGAUGAGAAAAUGAAACCACCAGAAUGGAUUACAUCUGUGAUACCCAGAAAAGCACCUUUUGUACCUCAGAUGGGAGACGAGGUGAUGUACUUCCGCCAGGGCCAUGAGCAGUACCUGCAGGCUGUUUUGAGGAAGGAAGUGUACAAAGUAGAUGUAGACAAGAACCAACCCUGGCAUAAAAUUCCAAACCUCAGGGCACACGAAUCAGUAAAAAUAGUUGGAAUCAAAUGGCUGAUGAAGCCAACUCGACUCUGCUGUUUGAAACUCGCAUUUAUGGAUCCUAACUCAGGGAGACUUACUGGCAAAAGUUUUACCAUAAAAUAUCAUGACAUGCCAGAUGUGAUAGACUUUUUAGUGCUCAAACAACAUUACGACAUAUCAGUGGAAAGAGGCUGGAAGCCAGGUAUGAGGUUUCGUUCAAUGAUCGAUGACCAGUGGUGGAUGGGAGCCAUUAAAUCACAAGAACCACUGUAUCCUGAGUUUCCUGACUGUUUAUAUCAAUGCUUUAAUGUGCAAUGGGACAAUGGAGAAUUUGAGAAGCUCAGUCCCUGGGAUAUGGAACCUAUAGAUCCGAAAAGAAAACCAGCUGUUGUUGGAGGGGGAGUUGGUGUUACACAAGAGGAAUAUAAAUCUCUGUUAUAUGUGCCAAAAAAAACAGAGUGGCCAUCCUGUGGCAGAGAAGCUGAUUCUCAGCGUUUGAUUCGGGGAUUGGAAGCUUUGAUGCAGCACUCAGUCGCUGAGCCAUUCAUAGCCCCGGUAGACCUGCAGCAGUUUCCUACCUAUGCCUGUUUUGUUUCAUACCCCAUUGAUCUCAGUACAAUCAAAACUAGACUGGAGAAUGGAUUUUACAGGAGGGUCACAGCUUUGCAAUGGGAUGUGAGACUCAUUUCAGCCAAUGCUAGUAUAUUCAACAAGUCAGGCAGUAGCAUUGUCAAAAAUGCCAACGCUCUUUCAGAAACUUUACUCAGAUUUAUUAAGGAUCAUGGUUGCCAAGAUCCACUUACUAUUUUGAGUGAAUUAGCACACAGUGAUUUUAAAACUGGUUCUAGUGAUGAUGAAAGUCAGCCAGGAAAUUCAAAGACUCACAGCAGCCCUAGAAAGAAAAAAAGGAAAAGGAAACCUAACCCAGAAGCUUGGCUGGAACAAAGCGAGUCACUUCUGGCAAUGUUGUUUGAUUGUGAAGAUUCUGAACCAUUCCGAAUCCCUGUCAAUCCUGCUGAUUAUCCGGAUUAUGAAGAUAUAGUUACCAACCCUAUGGAUCUCACCACUGUCCACACUAAACUUGCCACUGGGCAUUAUGGAAAUCCUGUCGAUAUGUGUCGUGAUAUCCGUCUUAUUUUCCAGAAUUCCAAAUUGUAUAAUAUCAAUAAACGCUCAAGGAUUUAUUCCAUGACCCUUCGUCUUUCUGCUUUGUUUGAGGCCCAGAUCACUGAAAUUAUUAACACCUGGAAAUCUGCUCUUAAAGCUUCUGGACGGAUUCGCAAACAGCCCAGGUCAAAGCAUUCAUCCUCACCUCAGCCCUCAGCAUCAUGGGAUACUCUGACUUCAAACAUUCUUGAUCCAAACCAGCCUUCCACCUCAGGGUAUUCUAAUGGAAGGCAGACCAUCAAUGGUGCUGGUCCCUCAAUACACAGUAAUGGCCACAUUGCAGGAUCAAGCUCCAAAAGUAAAAAGAACUGCAUACUGACCAAUGGCGAUGAUUCAGAUGCAACCAUUGUGGAUGAUGAUAAAAAGAGUGAGGAUGUUGACACUGAAUUUUGUGAUGAAGAUGCUGUGAAUGGGAUUGUGAAUCAUACAGACCAUGACAGUGAUGAUGACAUGGGGGAUGAUGAUGAUAGAGAUAAUGAUUACAGACCAAGUCAGUACGUGAAGAAUUUCUCUAAAGCACCACCAAGAGGCAAGCCUUCCAAACGUGGCAAAGGCAAAUCUACCAGACCUCUGCCUCCACGCUUAGCUAGUGAACGCCUCAAGAAAUCCAAUAUCUUUUAUACAUCAGAUGGGAAUAGUGAUGAAGAUUUCCUCUCUGACGAUGAAGAUGAGGGCAAUGAAAAACUCACCAAACGAGGUUCUAAAAGCAAAGUGAACCACGUCUCACGUGUGGUGUCUGAUGACAGUGACUCCGACACCCCUGUUCAGCCAGCACCAAGGGGUAGGGGAAGGCCACCUAAAUCUGCCACCCUUAAAAAGAAAAACUCUGUGAAAACAAAGAGUACCUCAAAAAAAUUGACUUCCGACAAUGAAGAAACACCCAUUCACAGAAAGGUUCGCAGUACCAGGUCUCGAAGGAGAAUGAUCAAUUCCGAGGACGAAGAAGGAGCCAGUGCAUUGAAUGGUAGCAGAUCUCGGAGGAGACGUAUCCAUUCUGAGGAUGACGAGGGGACAAAUGAGUUGAAUGGUCUGGAGAAAGAGAACGCCAGUGCCUUAGCGCGGUCCUCUCGGUCUGCAAGAUUCCAGAAAAAAGACUACAAUGAAGUUGACUCAGAUGCAGCAGAUGAAACAGAUAACAGCCCUGACAACUCAGAGACGGAGGAGGAGGAGGUAAAAGAUCACACUGAAUCAGAGGAAGAAUCAACAGAAGAGGACUCUGAUGAUGAAAUAAUGAAUGCUAGUCUGAAAAGUAGCACCCAGAAGUCUUCAAAAAACAAAAGCGCAAAUGGUGUUCUGAAACGUUCAAAAAACUUUGAGGACAGUGACAGUGAUGCUGUUGUACCUCACAAGCGGAAACGCUUGCGAUCCUCUUCACCUGUUAAGGUUACCAAAAAAAUGCAUCCAGUCAAAACUAAAUUUCCCAAGAAAAAUGAAUCUCGGAAAGUCCGAAGCAAAGACAGUUCAGGUAGGCAAACAAGAAACAGAGGCCAGCAGAAGGUGACCUACUUGGAAGACUAUGGCACAGAUGAUGAUGCUGGUGACAACAACACAGAUGAUGAUUCUGAGAAUGAUUCUGAAAGUGAGAAUGAUACCAUGGCUUAUUCCAGGAGCGUUAGCAGUCGUGGUAGAGUGAGAAAAUUAACCGCUAGAGCAAAAGCAAGUUUAAAAGGACACUAGUGCUUUUUCUUGCUAUCAACCUUCAGGAAAACUAACUUAUUUAAAUAAAUUAAACUGACAUUUACCUAGGUAGGGGUUGAGCACCUCAUUUCAUUUUCAUCCACAUUGCUGCCAUUCCACUAGCAUUAAAUUGUUCAGUAAUUACAAAACCUGAUGUAUGCUUAAAAAUAAGUCUUUUUGAAAAUAAUGUACAUCGAACCUAAUUAUAAUUAUCAAGCUUGGUGCAUCUGUUUUUGUUUUUUUUUAACGUUAAUUACUAUUUGAAUAAUUAAACAAGUAAGUUAAUUAUUGCUGUUAGUCUUCUAGAUAGAAUAAUUUGCUUUACAUAAUCCAAGGCAGAAGUUUGUGUAUGCAAUUUUUUUUUAAAAUCCUCUUACUACUAGUAUAGUUAGUUUAAAGGGGAGAUCACAGCAUUCUAACGACUUCCUGAGGUACAUUAUGCAAAGCUGCCAAGUUCAAUUAUUUAAGUCAUGUCUAAUCAUUUUGACACUCUUUAAGUUGUAAAUGUGAGAAUUUUUUAAAUAAGAAAUUUUUUUAUAAUUUCCCUUACAACCACCUAAGGCUGGGUCCAGCUGUACAUUAGAACAUCAUUCCUCUGUGCCUUUGUUUCUCAGGGAAACACCAUCAUUUAUGCAAGGAAGUUGACAUUUUCAUUGCUGUAAUCUUAAACAGGCAUAAUCCUAGUUCCACAGGUCAACUGGGGGAGGCAUGAUUUACUGUAGUAUGAGCUUUGUAGUUAAACAUUUAGAUUAGUACUUUGUAUUAGAGUAAGCUCCAUGGUCUUCCUAGUCAAAAGUGUAUAGCCAUCAAAUGUUAUGUUGGUCAACCAAAUGUUAUCAUCUUAGCACUUUGUUCUUACCAUCAGUGUGCUAAACAUUUCAGCUUUAUUAGUGAGAAGUAGUGUACAAAUGUGCUGUUGAUAAAAUAUAGGAAUAGUGUUUUUAGGGGUGUCACUAUGUUAGUGGCCAUACAGAAGUGUGUGUAUGACUGGUGGUGUAUGACUAGCAUGCUGUAUGUCAUGGAUCCAUAUUAAUAGUGUCACAAAGUUGUCACACUUUAUGUUGUAUGAUAUAGAUUAAUUUCCAGAUGUAUGUACAUGAAUACAACAAAAAGGAUGCUGUGAAAAAACUGCUUGUGUUAUCCAGUUGUCUGUGUAUGAAUGUGACUUAUGGAUAUUGUGGAAAAAACUACUUGCACAACCCAAUAGUCUAUAUAUGAUGUGACAUGGAUUUUGUGGGGAAAACUGCUUUGUUAUCCAGUUGUCUGUGUAUGAAUGUGACUUAUGGAUAUUGUGAAAAAAACUACUUGCACUACCCAAUUGUCUAUAUAUGAUGUGACAUGGAUUUUGUGGGGAAAACUGCUUUGUUAUCCAGUUGUCUGUGUAUGAAUCAAGAAUGUGACUUAUGGAUAUUGUGAAAAAAACUACUUGCACUAUCCAGUUGUCCAUAUAUGAUGUGGCAUAUGGAUAUUGUGAAAAAAAAACUGCUUGUGUUAUCCAGUUGAGUGUAUAAAUGUUGAUGAGGGCAUUGUGGUGCAACAAACUGAUUGUGUACUUUAGUUGUCUAUAUAUGAAUGCAGCAAGAAUAUUGUGAAAAAAAACUGCAUGUGUCAUCCAGUUGUCUCUAUAUAAAUGCAGCAAGAAUAUUGUGAAAAAAAACUGCAUGUGUCAUCCAGUUAUCUGUAUAUGUAUGUGACAAGGAUAUGUCUUCCUUCUUGUGCUUAUAUAAAAUCUGUAUAGGACCCCUUUCUGGGAUGUUAAAGCUCCACAGCGCCAAAACAAGCAUCACUUUAAAAGCUGCUCUAGCUUGCUAUUUUUAGGUUGUGAUACUGAUAGUGAAACUUGCUCUGUAGAAGUCUUUCAUCAGUCUGUUUCAUAAUAGUAGAAACUAUUUGUUCUUGCAGAUUAUUAAUUUUACAUUGAUAGAUGAUUAAAAAAUACUUGUCACUGCGAUAUUAUGUCGUAUAUUCUUCAACAUUAGAAGUGGACGUGAUUUUCCUGAUAAAGCACUCUAAUGCUUGUAAGCUUUUAAAAUAAAAAUCAGCAUCCAUUAUGUUGGUUGAAAUUUUUCUUUCAGACUCAGCUAUUUAUUUCCUAGUGCUCAGCUCUGUACAUCACUUAUGAUGUGAUUCCACUGCUCAAUAUUUUCUCUAAUCAAUCUAUUGUACCAUCCUGGUUUAAGAAAAGAUAUUUUAUACUUAGACCUAUGAUCUAGCUUUUCCUUUACCUACUUAUUUAUUUUAGGUGUUGUAUUUUGCCAUACCCCAUUUACAAAUGCUUUUUUUUUUUUGUCUGCCAAGCAUGUGUAUUUUUUCUUUUGAGUUUGUGAGCCAUGUAGAUCCUAGUUGUCAUUCUAAUGAGUUUAUAGUCAAGCCGAUCCAUGCUCAGCAUAGGUUUUCUUAGGGAAUAAGUUAAAGUCAAUCCCUAUUCAGUAAAGGUUUUCUUAGGGAAUAAGUUAAAGUCAUCCCUGUUCAGUAAAGGUUCUCUUGGGGAAUAAGUUAAAGUCAUCCCUGUUCAGUAAAGGUUCUCUUGGGGAAUAAGUUAAAGUCAAUCCCUGUUCAGUAAAGAUUUUCUUAGGGAAUAAGUUAAAGUCAUCCCUGUUCAGUAAAGGUUCUCUUAGGGAAUGUGAAGUGUGAAGCAGUGUAGAAAGGUCACAUAUCAUUUGAAGCUUCGUUUCUGUUGGUCAAGUUUUCUAUUGAUAUUUAAAAUGUUUAACAUUAAAAACCUGCUGUACAUUCAUUGACUGUAAAUAUUAACUGCUUGAUUUUUGCCUGUAAAUAAACCUAUUCAUGAUAUUUUGUGCCAUCUCUAAGGCAGCAAAAAUAAAUUGUUUUUGUUAACAAG